GCCUGCAAAAAUGCCAUACCAAAAAAAAAAAAAAAAAAAAAAAACAAUGCCACAUGGCAAAAUCCAUUUUGCUACAUAACAAAAAAAUGCCACAUGGCAAAAUCAGUUUUGCCGCCUGGCAAAAAUGACUUUUGGUUCUGGCUGUCUCUCGAACUAUGUGUCAAAAGUUGUUUUUUUUUUAAGUGUCAUUUUUAGCAUCGCCACUUGAUGGCACGAGUGUACAAUUUAAGAAGCCAUUUUAUGAUUGAAUCAAUUUUUGAGGGUUAUCACAUUUUUAUGUCUCGAAUAUCAACAAAAUUACAUUAUUUUCCCCCAUUAAACAUUUUUUGAAUGACACUUGAUCACUUACGAAUUGGCUUUGAAAUCGGACUACUGUAUGACGCCGCACUGCAAUCCGAUUACGCGCAUCGGAGUGGUCAUAAAAGUUCGCGCGCGCACAGUGGGGCUGUCAGACUGAGCCGAGACGCGGCAGAAACAACACCCGGAUUCCGUCACGAUACCGCAGACCACCCAUGCAUCCCCAAAUAAUCGGGAACUCUUGCAAAGAGUAAGGAUUUGGAUAUUACGCGAGAACACCUGAGGAGAACACGCCGUCUGUGAUGCGUUAAAGGACCGAUUAUCACAGCGGGGAAGUCCAGAAGAGUUGCAGAUUGGAAACCCUUGGAUAUGAUGAUUUUAGGGUGUUAAUGCGUGGGAAGGGAGUGAAACACUUCCAGGAUGAGUGAGCGACAAGUGCCGGUUGGAAACAAAGGGCUUCUAAUGGUCAUGGUACUCGCCAUCAGCCUGUGGGACCUGUCUGAGUGCUCCACAGCGCAGCACGUUCCCACGGGCACCUGCGAGGUGGUCGCCUUGCAUCGCUGCUGCAAUAAGAACAAAAUCGAGGAGCGCUCGCAAACCGUCAAGUGCUCCUGUUUCCCGGGCCAAGUGGCUGGCACCACCAGAGCCGCUCCCUCCUGUGUAGACGCUUCUAUCGUGGAGCAGAAAUGGUGGUGUCAGAUGCAUCCGUGCCUGGACGGCGAAGAAUGCAAAGUCCUUCCCGAUUUGAAGGGCUGGAGCUGCGCGACGGGGAACAAAAUCAAAACCACAAAGAUUUCCGCAGAUCGAGAGCAACUUUGGUAACAUUACAGAUGAAUCAAAGAAGAAGAGGCCUCAUGCAUAGACUUUUUCUGUAAAUAGACUGCAAUGAAUCCUUGGACGACUUGGAAUCCUUCAAGAGUGGAUUGAAAGAAGCCUGACCGGACAACGGGAUUUGCUGGCUUAGAAUGUACUGCUUUUAGUGGGUUACAAUGGCGAACGUUGCUUCAAUGUUCAAUUCUAGACUCAUAAGUCCUUUUCCAGGUUUUGUUUCUCGCACCGGACGACGGUGCGGAAAGUAGCGUCGAAGAGUGUUUGAAAUAGAUGUGCUGUAACCGAGUAGCGGAUAUUCAGGGGGAUUUUCAAAGAAGUACACAACCACACUGCUAUUUUUUUUUUUUUUUUACAUUUGAAAACUUUUGCAUAAAAAUGCACCGUCAAUGCAGUAAU